CUUGGACUCUGGCUGAGCAAUAAAUUCCGCCUGCCGCAGCGCGCGCUCCUUCUCGAGGCGUGCCUCGCCGGGAGAGGGCUCGGACCCCGCGUCCCUGUCCCGGCCCUCCGGUGCUGGUGUCCGCGUGGCGCGGAGCGAGGCCGGACGGCCCCCUGCUCGAGGCCCGCGUCGCCAUGGCCGCGGUUCCCGAGUUGCUGGAGCAGCAGGAGGAGGACCGUAGCAAGUUGAGAUCUGUGUCUGUGGACCUGAAUGUUGACCCAUCGCUUCAGAUUGACAUACCCGAUGCACUCAGUGAGAGGGAUAAGGUCAAAUUUACAGUGCACACCAAGACCACACUGCCCACAUUUCAGAGCCCAGAGUUUUCUGUUACAAGACAACAUGAAGACUUCGUGUGGCUGCAUGACACUCUUACUGAAACAACCGAUUAUGCUGGGCUUAUUAUCCCUCCUGCUCCUACAAAGCCAGAUUUUGAUGGCCCUCGAGAGAAAAUGCAGAAACUGGGAGAAGGGGAAGGAUCUAUGACAAAAGAAGAGUUUGCCAAGAUGAAGCAAGAACUGGAAGCUGAGUAUCUCGCUGUCUUUAAGAAGACUGUGUCCUCACAUGAAGUCUUUCUUCAGCGGCUUUCUUCUCACCCCAUUCUCAGUAAAGACCGCAACUUUCAUGUUUUCCUGGAAUAUGAUCAGGAUCUAAGUGUUAGACGGAAAAAUACCAAAGAGAUGUUUGGUGGCUUUUUUAAAAGUGUGGUGAAGAGUGCUGAUGAAGUCCUUUUUUCUGGAGUUAAGGAGGUGGAUGACUUCUUUGAGCAAGAGAAGAACUUCCUUAUUAAUUAUUACAACAGGAUCAAGGAUUCCUGUGCUAAAGCUGACAAAAUGACCAGAGCUCACAAAAGUGUUGCUGAUGACUACAUCCAUACUGCAGCCUGCUUGCAUAGCUUGGCCCUAGAAGAACCCACAGUCAUCAAAAAGUACCUGUUGAAGGUUGCAGAGCUCUUUGAAAAACUUAGGAAAGUUGAAGGUCGAGUCUCAUCAGAUGAAGAUUUAAAACUGACAGAGCUCCUCCGAUACUACAUGCUCAACAUAGAGGCUGCAAAGGAUCUCCUAUACAGGCGCACAAAAGCCCUAAUUGACUAUGAGAAUUCAAACAAAGCUUUGGACAAGGCCAGGUUAAAAAGCAAAGAUGUCAAGUUGGCUGAGACUCACCAGCAGGAGUGCUGUCAGAAGUUUGAACAGCUUUCUGAAUCUGCUAAAGAAGAACUGAUAAACUUCAAACGGAAGAGAGUGGCAGCAUUUAGGAAGAACCUGAUUGAAAUGUCUGAACUGGAAAUAAAGCAUGCCAGAAACAAUGUCUCCCUCUUGCAGAGCUGUAUUGAUUUAUUCAAGAACAACUGACCUGUCUACUCUGAAGGACACCAAUGUGAAAACCAGCAUCACUUGCACUUCAAUCAUUACUGCAAAAGACAUAGCUUUGACUAGUUUAAAAUCAUGUGAAUAAAUAUUUUGAUUUCUAAAAAUCUUAACACUUAACCAUGUUGGUUUAAAAAUAUUUUCAUUGCAUGUUUCUUGGACAUAACUAAUUCUUACUCAUUUAAUACCUCAAAGCAGGUAGAGUCUAAAUAAUGGAUUCUCCUAUAGAUUGUCAGGAAUUACUAAUAAGUGGUAUGGAGAUGUGUGCCUUCUGGAAAUGAGAAGCCCAUAUCUGUCUCUACAUUUUCUGUGCCCCUACAGACAUACAUGUCAGGUGCCAGUUACAACACAUGGUAGGUAACUGCUUGUGGGAGGGCGGCAGACACCCUUUGCAGUUCCAUUUUGUAAAUACUUGAGGAAAAGGAAAAUCUAGGGUUCUGACACUCCCUGAUGGCGGGGUCUGGGGCACGUGUGUUUGUGCUUUGAAUGUUUUUAUAAAGUAUAUAAUAAAGUAAUCCAUGUUACCCUA